GAAAGAAGGAGUGCGUAUGUGUGUGUGUGGUGUUCAUAAUAGCAAUUUUUCUCAAGGGCAAAAACUCUACAGAUUUUUAAACGAAGGGAAAUUACUAUUCAUAUUUCAAAAUGGCUUCUACCUACAGAGACGACGACGAAGGUACGGAUGUAUUUCGUGAAGAAUUUAAGCGAUAUAAGCGAAAAGAACCACCUCCCGAUUUUUCAGAGGUAAUUGAUUUUACUAAUGAGCUAAUUACAAAUAAUAACUGUAAUGUCAUUCCUUUUAACCAGACAGAAACAACGAAAACUGAACCACACCUGUUCGGCUUACGACCGGUGAACGAAUGGAAAGUGUAUUAUUAUAAAACAAGUCCGGGGUUUGUGUUUAUCAGUAACCCUUUCACAGCUGCUGCUCAGCGUUACUGGACUCAUCGAUGUCUGCACGACUAUCCUUCCAGACAAAAUGUUACUAAUCUCGAUUUUAUCGAAAAGCAAUGUGGAAUUAAUCGGCCUGACAAUAUCUGGACAGCCAGCGAAAAUUACGAAAGCGGUAAAGCACAAUGUGUUGUCGACAGUCUAUCUUUCGAUAUGAGAUUUCAUAUAAAUAAACUUCGGUGGGUCACACUGGGUUACCAUUAUAACUGGAACGAUAAAACGUAUAGCAAAGACCAGGUGUCUACAUUUCCAUUUGAUCUAGAAAUUUUGGCUAAAUACAUCGCUUCUGUGGUCGGUUUUAAAGAAUAUAAUCCAGAGGCCGCUAUAGUAAACUAUUACCAUAUGGGAUCUACUUUAGCUGGACACACAGAUCACUCAGAGUUUGACCAUAACUCACCAAUUAUUUCUUUCAGUUUUGGUCAGGACGCAAUCUUCCUAUUAGGUGGGGUAACUAAAGCAGUAAAGCCCGCAGCUUUUCAUCUUCGAUCUGGUGAUAUUUGUAUUAUGGCCGGAGAUUCAAGACUGUGCUAUCAUGCCGUACCCCGGUUGCUUCCAUCAAAACAUUUUGAAACUUCGUGUAAUGCAAGGAUGGCUGACGAGCUCGCGGAAUUAAAUUUGUUUGUACAUCAAAACACGCCGGACUCGAGAGAAGACUCAGGACUUAGUUUGAUCAACUCUCCGGACUGUGAUAAAAUAAACAAACAGAUAGUGACUACGUUGAAUUCUUUACAUUGGGAGAAUUACGAAAACUUCUUGAAGGAGAGCAGAAUAAAUAUUAGUGUGAGGCAAGUUUUAAAAGUCGGGCAGAGUUUCCCAGAUCAUACAAACAGUGAAGUAAAAUGAUGAUAAGUUGCAUGAAGGGAAAGAAAAUUGUGUUAUACUUGAUGUGUUUCCAACUGUUUGGAAGUUUGAAACCACUUUGCAGUAACUUAUACACCUACUCACGCUGUCAGGUGAAAUAACAUCACCUUUUUUAUUUAUUGUUACCUCAAUCUCAAAACACACACACACACACACCUUCAUAGACGUGCACAAACACGUACAUGCAUGCAUACACACAUAUACAUACAUGCAUACACACAGGUAUAUAAGUAAAAAGUUCGUUAUAGGCAUGUAUAAGAUAAAGUCUCAUAUAUAAAAAAAAAAAAAAAAACUCUACUAACAAUUAGGCGCAGGAGUGGCUGUGUGGUAAGUAGCUUGCUUACCAACCACAUGGUUCCGGGUUCAGUCCCACUGCAUGGCAUCUUGGGCAAGUGUCUUCUACUAUAGCCUCGGGCCAACCAAAGCCUUGUGAGUGGAUUUGAUAGAUGGAAACUGAAAGAAGCCCGUCGUAUAUAUGUGUGUGUUUGUGUGUCUGUAUUUGUCCCCCUAGCAUUGUUUGACAACCGAUGCUGGUGUGUUUAUGUCCCCGUCACCUAGCGGUUCAGCAAAAGAGACCGAUAGAAUAAGUACUAGGCUUACAAAGAAUAAGUCCUGGGGUCGAUUUGCUCGACUAAAGGCGGUGCUCCAGCAUGGCUGCAGUCAAAUGACUGAAACAAGUAAAAGAGUAAAGAGUGGGAGCUUCUACCACUUUUGGUAACGAAAGCCUUUUCCUUCACAGUGAAGGACAGAUAAAAAUGGAGAAGAAAUAUUAAAAGUUCAAAUUAGAAUUUAAUUUCAACAUACAACCUGUUCAAAUGGUAAUACAAACAUGUAAGAAAAAAAAACCAUUAAUUAUAUUAAUAAU